AUGUCUUCUCAUAAGACUUUCAGGAUCAAGGGGUUCCUGGUCAAAAAAAAUCAAAAGCAGAACAGUCCCAUUCCUCAGUGGAGUCAAACAAAAACUGUCAAUAAAACCAGGUACCUCUCCAAGAGGAGUCACAGGAGAACCAACUUUGACUGCAGCAUAAAAACAGUUGAUGAUCUCUUCCACAGUCACCCCUGGCCUUGUUCCCCCUGA